AAAGGAAUUGACCUCUCCUAAUUCUUCUCAAUCUCUGUCGGCCAUCACCUCUGGCUGGAGGAGAACUCUUUUUUCUCAAAAACCCUUUUGUCCCUUCUGUCCUCAAUUAGGAGAAAGAGAAGGAGAAGGAGAAGGAAUUUUCUCUUCUUUAUGGAUAAGAGAUGCGGAAGCUGCGGUAUUGGAUUCGUGACGGACAUGGACUUCAACAUCAACAUGAACACGGUGCUUUACAAACUCAGUUUUCAGCCGCCUUCUGAUUUUACUUUCGACCGAUUCACGCCUUGGUUUCGCUUAUUCUAUCUCCCCUAACCCUAGUUCUUCGUUUCCUUCUUAUUUAUAAUUACCAAUUCAAGGUCCCUUCGAGAACUGUUUCCCUACGUUGUGUCAAGUGUUACAAACAGAAGAGGAGGGACGGAACUUGUAUUCAACAAUUAAUACUUGAUCAUAAAUGAAUCUUCCCAUCAGCUCCCCUUUUAAAAAGAUGUCCUCUACGAGAAGUAAAGACAAAUCAUCGGGCUGGACUGCCUUUGAUCUUAAGCAGAGGCAGAAACAAGCUCUGGUACCAGAAACUGAAAAUGACCCUUUCCCUCCUGUAGCAAUGGCGGCUCUCCAUCCCUGCCCAAGCCAGACAAAUUGCAAUGACCUUUCAGCAAGGUCUUUCUCAUCUGUGCUAAAGCCUUCUAGCGAUUUUCCAACUUUGAAACAGAAUAAGAAUUCCAUAAAAUCAAUAAAUGUGGGCAAGCCUAUUGGAAAUGAAGAUAAGAUAGCUGGGGUAAACAAUAAUGAUUUAGCCCUUAAAAAGCUUAAAGAGAUACAUUGCUGGGCUGAGAAUAGUUUGAUUGAGGACAUCUUGUUGGCUACCAAUAAUGAUAUUCAUGAGGCUUCAGCUUUAUUGAAACAAAUGAUGCCCAGGAGCAGCACUGAGGAAAUUGAUAAAGCAAAAAAUAAUGAGAUGGGAUCUGCCAUUGCUAAUUUUCCAAGCAAUGCCAACUGUGACAUAUGCCUUCCUUCAGGAAAGACAGCUGACCAUGUUGGCCAGAGCUCUAAAGCCAAUGAAAGAGAGGAAAAUCUUAAAAUAUUGACUGAUGUGCAUGAGAAUAAACUAUUUGAUGAUCAUUCUAAUAUGAAACUGAUUCUGGGACAGUUGACAUCUAUACCUAUUGAGCCUGAAUGGGAAGAAGAUGAUGUAUACUUGAGCCAUCGAAAGGAUGCCAUAAGGAUGAUGAGGUCAGCAUCUCAACAUUCUCGGGCAGCCACUAAUGCAUUUUUGAGAGGUGACCACUUUUCUGCACAGCAGCACUCUCAAAAUGCUAGAGAAGAAUGGUUAGCAGCUCAGAGACUUAAUGCUAAGGCAGCUAGAGAAAUUUUAAGCAUCAGAAAUAGUGACAAUGACUUGUGGAAGCUGGACUUGCAUGGUCUUCAUGCAGCAGAAGCUGUUCAAGCCUUGCAUGAACAUCUGAGACGGCUUGAGACACGGGUGUCAGGAGGCUGUUCAGUUUCCCCGAAUGGAGUAAAGGCAAAUAAUGGGAUUGUACGUUCUUCAUCUGUUGGCACAAUUAGUUCUAUGGAUAAACUGGGUAAACCACAGACUUCGUCUAGGCAGGUACCUGCAUCAUUAGAAGUUAUAACAGGUGUUGGGAAUCAUAGUCGUGGACAAGCCGCUCUCCCCACAGCUGUGAGAGGCUUCCUCAUCGAAAAUGGGUAUCGCUUUGAUGAAACGAGGCCAGGACUGAUUACUGUUCGACCCAAAUUCCGACGUAGUUGAAGGUUUUGAUCGACUGUCGUUUGUAGAAUGCAGAGAGAUGUAUUGACAUUCCAUAAGAAUGUAUACCAUUUUACUAACGGAAGAGAUUGCGUGACAAAAUGGGUUGUGCACUAAACUUAUAAACCAAAACCUCCUCCGAGUGUUACAUACCAAUGUGCAUUAACAAAUAUUUAAUUAGAUUUUUUAUGAAUUACUUGGAUAAGUUUAUAUAUUCUUUGUUUAGUCCA